AUUCCAAGCAGGCGUUUCCUUCUGAACCACCGAACCACGAUUGAACCAUUCGGCUCGAAAUUUCAUCGGCUCUCUUCGUUCUCAGAAAAGCCGAAGGGUCCUUCCGCCGUCCCACCUCCUUCCGGGCUCGACCUCCUUCCCACAGCCCUACGCCUAACCCUAGUCCCCGCCGCCGGCCAUGUGGCGGUGCCGGCCGGUCCUCGCGCGGGCCUUCUCGCCCUUCUCCGCCGCCGCCCUCGGCCCCUCUCGCUCCUACGGCCUGAUCCCGAUGGUGAUCGAGCAUACUUCCCGCGGCGAGCGCGCGUACGACAUCUUCUCCCGCCUGCUCAAGGAGCGCAUUGUGUGCAUCCACGGCCCCAUCUCCGACGACACUGCCUCCGUGGUCGUCGCGCAGCUCCUCUUCCUCGAGUCCGAGAACCCCUCGAAGCCCGUCCACCUCUACAUCAAUUCACCCGGCGGCGUCGUCACCGCCGGCCUCGCCAUCUAUGACACCAUCCAGUACAUCCGCUCUCCCGUCACCACCCUCUGCAUUGGCCAGGCCGCAUCCAUGGGCUCCCUCCUCCUCGCCGCCGGCGCCCCUGGCGAGCGCCGCGCCCUUCCAAACGCCCGCGUCAUGAUCCACCAACCCUCCGGUGGCGCCUCCGGCCAGGCCACCGACAUCGCCAUCCAUGCCAAGGAGAUCCUCAAGGUCCGCGAGCGCCUCAACGCCAUCUACUCUAAGCACACCGGCCAGCCCAUCCAGCGCAUUGAGCAGUGCAUGGAGCGCGACAUGUUCAUGUCCCCUGAGGAGGCCAAGGAGUUCGGCCUUGUUGACGAGGUCAUCGAGCACCGCCCUAUCUCUUUGGUUACCGAUGCAGUUGGCAGUGACACCGGAAGCGGUGACAACAGUGGCGGUGGAGGCAGCAGCGGGAGUAAAGGAAAGGAUGAGGGUUCAGGAUGAUUCAGCGGAAAUUAUCCAUUUUGAUGAUGACUUUGCAUACAUUGGGCGAAGCAGGUAUGUGAAAGGAUAAUUUAUGCCGGACGAUUUUGAUUGGACUGCAUUGGCUGCUGCUGCUUCCAAAAUGUGAAUUUUUUUACUACAGGAGACAAUAAUAAUAACUGUUUAAUAUUUUAUUGAGUGGCCUUUUUAUGAAUCUUUAUUUGACAAUUUGCUCCUUUUAAAAUGAAGAUACAUUUCUUGGAAAAAUGGAUGCUGGCUUUCUAUGUGA